UCCCGGCCCUGGGUGCUCCGCUGCGCAGUCUCGACCGCCUUCUCUAGGUAGUGGAACCUGCGGACUCUUGAACUUCAGGAUGGUUCAUGCUAAGCGGUGGACCUUGAAGAAGCACUUUGAGGGCCACCCAAAAAAUAGUAACUUUGAGCUGAAGACAGUUGAACUUCCGUCCUUAAAAAAUGGAGAGGUCCUGCUGGAAGCUUUGUUCCUCACUGUGGAUCCUUACAUGAGAGUGGCGGCCAAGCAAUUGAAAGAGGGCGAUAUGAUGAUGGGGGAGCAAGUGGCCAGAGUUGUGGAAAGUAAAAACUCAGCCUUCCCAACAGGAAGUGUAGUUUUGGCUUUUUCAGGCUGGACAACACACUCCAUUUCUGAUGGGAAAGAACUGGAGAGGCUGCCUGAGAACUGGCCAGACACAUUACCUCUGUCUUUGAGGCUGGGAACAGUUGGCAUGCCAGGCCUAACAGCCUACUUUGGCCUUCUGGACAUCUGUGGAGUGAAGGGUGGAGAGACUGUGCUGGUGAACGCGGCAGCGGGAGCCGUGGGCUCUGUCGUGGGGCAGAUAGCCAAGCUCAAGGGCUGCAAAGUUGUUGGAGCAGCGGGGUCGGAUCAUAAGGUUGCCUACCUUAAAAAGCUUGGAUUUGAUGUUGCCUUUAACUACAAGACAGUGGAGUCUUUGGAAGAAACUUUGAAAAAAGCUUCUCCUGAUGGUUACGAUUGUUAUUUUGAUAAUGUAGGUGGAGAAUUUUCAAACACUGUUAUCCCCCAGAUGAAGACAUUUGGAAGAAUCGCUAUAUGUGGGGCCAUCUCCACAUAUAACCUUACUCGUCCACUUCCCCCAGGCCCACCGCCAGAGGUUAUCAUCUAUAAGCAGCUCCGCACAGAAGGGUUCAUCGUCAACCGCUGGCAAGGAGAGGUCCGCCAGAAGGCUCUGGAAGACUUGCUGAAGUGGGUCAGAGAGGGUAAGAUCCAGUACAAUGAAUACGUCACUGAAGGAUUUGAGAACAUGCCAGCUGCAUUUAUGGGAAUGCUGAAAGGCGAAAAUUUGGGGAAAACGAUAGUGAAAGCAUGAAAAAAAUGACACAUGGAAUUUAGAAACCAUUUGGAUGAUUACUUAAUUUUUUGGACCCAUUUAGUAAAAAUGUAUACAGCCUUUAUUAUCUAAGAAAGAGUGGUUGUAAUGAGUUUGAGCCACCUAAUAAAGUACAUUUAAAUAGUAUGUAAUUAGCAAUAGAGAAUGAAUAUUUCAUUGUGAACAGCAGCCAGUCACCUCACUGCGUACUACAGCUCCUUCUGGGUUAUGGUAGAAAAUAGUGGCUUUGGAGUCCAAAAGUCUACUGCCUCCAUGACCCUGAACUUCUGAUUUUUUUGCAUCUGUAAAGUAAGAUAGCGCUAUCUACUUCAUAUACAUAUUAUACAUUUACUUAAAACACCAGCAUAAUGCCUGGCACACGCAUAUAUUGGGUACCCAGUAAGCGUUAGCUCCUUCCCUGCAGAAAUUGGUGACUUGAAAGUCCUAAGGUGACCCCCUUAUAAUUUAUGACUACACAAGAAAUACUCAUUGCUAACAUACGGGGCUCUCCGGGCAGCCCACUCUGUUCCUUCUUCUGAAGGUGAGUUUCAUAACAGGACAGGCCAAGGAAGGCAAUGUGUCCUUCACCACAGCUACAAAAAAGAUAGCACAUGGGAAUAUACAUAAAGCCUAUGAAAUUGUGCAAGACUGAUAGGAGGAAAACAUCUAAACAUUAUCGAGGAACACAAAAGCCUUUAACAUAUGGAAAAGGACCGUGCUCUUGGACAUUCAGAUGUCAAUUCCAUUGAUCAAUGCUGCCACCAAGUAGAGGAGGGGUUCAAUUAUAGUACAAUGAAAAGACGGAAGAGUGUGUGUGCGCGUGCGUGUGUGUGUGUGUGUGUGUAAAAUCUCUGCAAAGGUGUAAUAAACUACCGACACCCCUGGCAGUCUCCCAGGAAAACUCAGGAGUGCCUGAAGGGCAGGACUAAGAGAAAAACUUUACACUGUAUAGCCUUUUGAACUUUUUGAAUUUGGAAUCUUAGGAACAAAUUAUUUAGUCACUAUUACAAAUAACAAAAAUUCAAAGUCCCUGCCCUUUUGUGUCCCCCUUCCUAUAUGGGGGAAACAAAACAGGCAUGAGAUAAAGCUCAGGAAAGCGUGGGGACACCCUAAGAUCGAACGCCCCUGUGUUUUUAGCUCUCGAACUUGCCCACACUUGAGCCUCCAGCAAUUCAUUGAAGUUUCAGUUUUCCUAACCUGGUAUUGGUUCAUAUGGAGGUUUCUGCCCUUUGGCUUCUCCCAUAACCGGUGAUCCUGUGUAUCUGCCUGUCUGACUCACCGAUUUUGCAGGCAGUGUUUGGCCCUAUGAGCUCAGUCCUCUGCUAGAUCUAUUGUAAAGAGAGUUGCUGAUAUUUUAGUUUUUAGUUAACUUUUUUUUUCCUUGUUAGGACAAGAGUGUUGACUGCCAGUGCAACACUUGCCAGACCAGAAGCCAGAAGUAAAGAGCAUGUAUUUUUAAUUUUGAUAAUUAUCCUUUUUUUCCUCCGAUGGUUAGUGCUUUUACUUUCUCACUGAAGAAAUCAUUGCCUAGCUCAAGAUCAUAAAAUUUUUCUCCCACAUUUUAUUCUGUAAAUUUUAUACAGUUUAAAUUUUAUGUUAGAUCGGUGAUAAAGCAGGGAAUAGAUUAGGAUUGAAUGCAAAGAGGCACAAGAGAAUUUUGGGGGGUGGUUUUAGUGUCCUUUGGGAUAGGGAUUAUAUAAAGUAGACAAUUUGUCAAAACUCAUAAAAUGGUAACUUUAAAUGUGUGCAUCUUAUUGUAUGUAAGUUAUACCUCAACAAGUUAAUUUUUAGAAAAAUGUGUCCAGUACAAAAUGUUGGCCACAGACAAGAGCUUGGCGGCUAGCAAAUUGCUAGGGACUCCUGACUUACUUGGAAGGAGAAAUAAAUACAAUGAACAACAGUCCAAGGGAUGCCAAAGUGUGUAAGUACAAGCACAAAGUACGUACUUGGCAGGAAAGUCACCUACAUGGGCAUAAAUGUAUUCUUUCAAUUUAAGAGCAGCACAGAUCUUCAUGUUUCCUCCACUCCCAUCUACAUCUCUUUCUGGAAUUUAUUUUGGUCCCAGGAGUAAGAUAGGUAUCCAUCUUCUUUCCAAGGUACCAGCCAGUUUUUCCACCACCACUUAUGGAAUAAUCCAUCUUUCCUCCCUUGAUUUGAAAUACAUCUUUAAUAUGCAUUCUACUCAUAGAAACUUGGUUCCAUAUCUAGACUCACCUGUUCAAUUGAUCUUUAUUAUUGUCGCUAAUGUAAGUAAGGUUUUGCCACUACAGUUUUGAUUGGUUAUUGGAAUUUUGGAAAGUUUUCACGUACACUUGACAAUCUGCACAAUUAAUUUUUAAAGUGAAGUACUAAAGAAGACAGCGCUAUUUUCAAUACAGUAGUACCCUGUAUAUGAUGGAAUAUUACUCAACCUUAAAGAAGGAAGUCCUGUCACUUGUGACAGUUUGGAUGAACCUAGAAGGCAUUAUAUUAAGUGAAAUAAGCCAGACAGAGGCACAAAUACUGCAUGGUGUCACUUAUAUGCGAAAUCUGCAGAAACAGUAGAAAAGUGGUUGCCAGGGCUUGGGUGUGGGGAACUAAAAAGAGCUUAGUAAAGGGCACAUUCAGGUAUAUGAUGAAUAAGGUCUGAGGAUCUAAUGUAGAACGUGGUAAAUAGAGUUGAUGACACUAUUAUAUAAAAUUUGCUGAGAGUAAAAGUUAAAUGUUCUCAUGCAGUAAAGGAAAAACGAGAGAUCAUCGAUAUGUUAGCUUGGUUGGGGGGGAUCAUUUCACAAUGUGUAUGUAUAUGAAAUCAUGUAUAC